GCCACAAUAUCCGUGACGCUAUGUGAACUCCCAACAGCAAAACACCUGUCACUGUCCCUUGAAUGCGCCCCAUUCUCGUCCGAAAAUGCCCGCUUAUAUUCCCAAGGAUACGAUGACCUGCAGGGAAAAUGCGCAUUAUCCCGGAGCGCACAAUUCUGGUCAAGCUACUCCGGGUAUUUAAGAGAAGUUCGUGUGUGA